UUCUGCUAGUUUGGAUGCAAACCAGUCUUCCAAGCCUGGCCAGACUUCUUUAGUCGCUCCCAAACUUCCACCUGAACUGAUGGCAGCCAGAUUCCCUUUUGAAGCCCCUCUGGCUGGAGGCUGUUUCUGGGCUGCAUUAUAGCAAGGAGACACACACACACACCGGCUUUGCUGCCUACCCUGGGUGCUUCUCCACCUUUCCUGGCUCAAACAGCAUUCCGGCAUCCAGCACCAAAUUCCAUUCCAGCACCUGAUGAAGUCAUCCCCUCCCACUGCUUGGCUUCCUUCCAAGGGCCCACGCCAUGGCAUGGGGGUCUCUGACGAUCCCAGCGGCUUCUUCCCUUAGAGUCCCCACCAGAGAGGACAGGGCAAAGGCGUGGCAUGCCCAGCGGGGGGCCAGAGAAGAACCCCAGCAUGGAGCCGGCCGCCACGACACCAUUCCGUGUCACGGGGUUCCUGAGCCGCCGGCUAAAAGGCUCCAUCAAAAGGACAAAGAGCCAACCCAAGCUUGAGAGAAACAGCAGCUUCCGGCACAUUCUGCCUGGCUUCAAGAGCGUGGACAAUGAGAGAUCCCAUCUAAUGCCAAGGCUGAAGGAAUCUCGCUCCCACGAGUCACUGCUCAGUCCAAGUAGCGCGGUGGAGGCCCUGGAUCUCAGCAUGGAGGAGGAAGUGGUCAUUAAGCCCGUGCAUAGCAGCAUCCUGGGGCAAGAUUAUUGCUUUGAGGUGACGACAACGUCUGGAAGCAAGUGCUUUUCCUGCCGGUCUGCUGCAGAGCGGGACAAGUGGAUGGAGAAUCUGCGGCGUGCCGUGCACCCGAACAAGGACAACAGCAGGCGAGUAGAGAACAUGCUCAAACUGUGGAUUAUCGAAGCCAAAGACUUGCCGGCGAAGAAGAAGUAUUUGUGCGAACUCUGCUUGGACGAUGUUCUCUAUGCGCGGACGACGUGCAAGUUGAAAACGGACAAUGUCUUUUGGGGGGAGCACUUUGAGUUCAACAACCUCCCGUCCCUGCGGAGCAUCACGGUGCACUUGUACAAGGAGACAGACAAGAAGAAGAAAAAAGACAAAACCAAUUUCAUAGGGCUGGUCAACAUCCCGGCGGGCUCCGUCACGGGGCGGCAGUUUGUGGAGAAGUGGUACCCCGUGGCAACGCCCAACCCCAGCAAGGGCAAAUCCGGGGGGCCCAUGAUCCGCAUCAAGUCGCGCUACCAAAGCAUGAGCAUCUUGCCCAUGGAAAUGUACAAGGAGUUUGCCGAGUACAUCACCAACAACUACUUGGUGCUCUGCUCCAUCUUGGAGCCGGUCCUGAGUGUGAAGAACAAGGAGGAGAUGGCCUCGGCGCUGGUCCACAUCCUGCAGAGCACAGGAAAGGCCAAGGAUUUCUUGACUGAUCUCAUGAUGUCUGAGGUGGACCGCUGUGGCGAAAACGAGCACCUUAUCUUCCGGGAGAACACCCUCGCCACCAAAGCGAUUGAGGAGUACCUGAAACUGGUGGGCCAGAAGUACUUGCAAGAUGCCUUAGGGGAGUUCAUAAAGGCACUGUACGAAUCGGACGAAAACUGCGAGGUGGAUCCCAGCAAAUGCUCAUCUUCGGAUCUCCUAGAACAUCAGAGCAACCUGAAGAUGUGCUGCGAACUGGCGUUCUGCAAGAUCAUUAACUCGUACUGUGUCUUCCCGAGGGAGCUGAAGGAAGUCUUCGCCUCGUGGCGCCAGGAAUGCAGCAACCGUGGCCGCCCGGACAUCAGCGAGCGCCUUAUCAGUGCCUCCCUCUUCCUCCGCUUCCUGUGCCCAGCCAUCAUGUCGCCCUCCCUGUUUAGCCUUCUCCAGGGGUACCCUGAUGAUCGCACAGCCCGCACGCUGACCCUCAUCGCCAAGGUCACGCAGAACCUGGCCAACUUUGCAAAGUUUGGCAGCAAAGAAGAGUACAUGUCCUUCAUGAACCAGUUCCUGGAACACGAAUGGACCAACAUGCAGCGGUUUCUGUUGGAGAUCUCCAAUCCGGAGACGCUUUCAAACACCGCCGGCUUUGAAGGCUACAUCGACCUGGGCCGGGAGCUGUCCACCUUACACUGUCUCCUCUGGGAGGUUGUGACUCAGCUGGACCAGAGCACGGCGGCAAAACUUGGGCCAUUGCCACGCAUUCUGAGGGAUGUCAACGCAGCCCUCAGCAACUCGUCCUGCGUGCAAGUCUCAGUCAUGGCAGAUCACGCCGCAUCAACGCCAAACGCCGGCAACAGCAUCUCCAUGGGGCUGCAGAAGAUGGUGAUUGAGAACGAGUUAUCUGGUCUGAUAGAUUUCACACGGUUACCGUCUCCAACCCCUGAAAACAAGGACUUGUUUUUUGUCACAAGGUCUGCGGGGGCCCAGCCCUCGCCUGCCCGGAGCUCCAGUUACUCGGAGGCCAAUGAGCCCGACGUCCAGAUGUCCAAUGGCAACAAAAGCCUCUCCAUGGUGGACUUGCAAGACAAUCGGAUUUUGGACAGUGGGGCCGCCAUACCGGGGCCGGCCGACCCGCUCAACGACUGCCAGUCCUCUGUCGGGCAGGUCCCAGGCGCCUGGAGCGCACGAACUCAGAACAGCGUGGCCGCCAUGGCCACCGUGCGCAGAGCAGGCCAGACGCCGACGACGCCCAAUGCCGAGAGUGCCCCUGGCCGGCCCCAGCUCUUGGCACCCCUCUCCUUCCAGAACCCGGUCUACCAGAUGGCAGCAGGACUGCCCCUCUCGCCCCGGGGCCUGGCGGACUCUGGCUCCGAGUGCCACAGCUCGCUCAGCUCCCACAGCAAUAGCGAGGAGUUGGUGGCAGCCGGCAAGCACAGCUUUGGCAACCCCACCGUCGCCACCGCCACCGAGGACUUCAACCGGCGGGCAGGGGAACUGGCGCGCCGGCAGCUCUCGCUAACAGACAAGGCCGGGCAACCGACCAUGCCCCGGCAGAACAGUGGUGGCCCCCAGAGGCGGAUAGACCAGCCACCGCCCCCUCCACCACCCCCUCCCAUCACGCGGGGCCGGACGCCGCCCUCCUUGCUUAACACCAUGCAGUACCCGCGCCCCUCCAGCGGAGGGAUGCUCUCCUCCUCACCCGACUGGCCAGGCAGUGGGGCGCGACUCCGGCAGCAGUCCUCCUCCAAGGGCGACAGCCCGGAGAUGAAGCAGCGCACAGUGCACAAGCAGGCCCCUUCUCCUGUGAAUCCCAAUGCCCUGGACCGCACAGCCGCUUGGCUUUUGAAUAUGAACGUGCAAUUUUUAGAAGAGGAGAGCAGUGACCCAGAACCAAAGCACAGGGAUAAGAUCCGGAGUAAAGACGAGUUCAGCCAAGGGGAAAAGCAGUAUCAGCAAGAUGUGGUGGUGCUCCAGGACAAGCUGCGCAUCUCCAACAAGAAGCUGGAGGAAUAUGAAGCCCGCUUCAAGUGCCAGGAGGAGACCACCCAGAAGCUGAUGCUGGAAUAUCAGGCCCGGCUGGAAGAGAGUGAGGAGCGGCUCCGCCGGCAGCAGGAAGACAAGGAGAUCCAGAUGAAGGGCAUCAUCAGCAGGCUGAUGUCAGUGGAGGAGGAGCUGAAAAAAGAUCACGCAGAAAUGCAGGCAGCUGUGGAUUCCAAGCAGAAGAUCAUAGAUGCACAGGAGAAGCGCAUCGCCUCCCUGGACGCAGCCAAUGCCCGGCUGAUGAGCGCCCUCACCCAGCUGAAAGAGAGGUACAGCUCGCAGACCCGUAAUGGGAUCUCCCCCACAAACCCAACCAAAUUGCAGAUCACUGAGAACGGCGAAUUCCGAAACAGCGGCAAUUGUUAAACCUGGUGGGAGUGGCCUGCUGCAGGAGAUUGAGAGAGAGAGGAGAGAGAGAGGAGAGCCUGUUCAGAGAGAGAGAGAGCGCACAGGAGCAAGGUGGAGGGGUGAACCCCAUUGUUGCAGGGAUGCUUGCUGCUUCCCACCCCACCAGCCCUCCCCAAGCGGGGAAGGAAAGAGAGAACCCACAGUCCUCUUCACCAAAGAUGGCACACCGGAAAUACAUGGCUGUCCCCGAGUUCGAGGGGCGGGGAGACUGCGGAGGUCGUCACCCAUGUGAAGCAGAAAGGGGCUCCGUCGCCGGUUAACGCCUUUAAGCAGCAACACAAAAAAGGAGCGGGGAAAGCAACCACCCCCUUUUCUACUCCAGCUGUCCGAGGGGAGUGUGUUAAAACCUGGGCCAAGGCACGAGCUAAGCAGGACUCCCAUGAGAGGUUGCAGGAUGAAGCCUCCCCCACCCCUCCCAACCUCCCAGCACUUGCGCAGCUGCAGCGCUGGGGAGCCCUGCCCUGCCCUGCCGGCUUGUUCUCGCUAGCUGGGUUUGGCCACCUUCCAUCUUCCCGUUUCCAUCUCUGCUAUGGACUUUGUCCUGGUCUCUGUCCCCCAGGGUUCAACAGUUCCCUAGGAGGGCACAGACUGUGAUGGAUGCAAGAGAGUUCCCCACCUCUUCCCCAAACUGCAAGAUAUGCUUCCUCUGUAGAAACAGUCAGGGCAUUAUGCACUGGCAGGAAUUCCACAUGUGCAUCAGGGGGUGCCCUGAAAUCAGAGCCUCCACACAAGGAGGUGUCAUCCUCACAGUGGAGUUGAGAGGUUUGCUGUGUCUUCUGCAGUAGCCAAGGAUAAGGGCCCGUACCUCCUCGAGGAGCACCUGUUUUGCAUGCAGAAGGUCCCAGGGGCGACUCUUGGCAACUCCAAUUAAAAGGCUCAGGGAUCAGGAGAUCAUAGAAUCAUAGAAUAGUAGAGUUGGAAGGGGCCUAUAAGGCCAUCAAGUCCAACCCCCUGCUCAAUGCAGGAAUCCAAAUCAAAGCAUUCCUGACAGAUGGCUGUCCAGCUGCCUCUUGAAUGUCUCCAGUGUCGGAGAGCCCACUACCUCUCUAGGUCAUUGGUUCCAUUGUCGUAUGGCUCUAACAGGAAGUUUUUCCUGAUGUUCAGUCGAAAUCUGGCUUCCUGCAACUUGAGCCCAUUAUUCUGCGUCCUGCACUCUGGGACGAUCGAGAAGAGAUCCCGGCCCUCCUCUGUGUGACAACCUUUCAUGUACUUGAAGAGUGCAUUCAUAUCUCCCCUCAGUCUUCUCAUCUCCAGGCUAAACAUGCCCAGAUGGGGAAAGACUAGAAGUUAGUGCAGAGCUCCGACUGUGUAGGUGCCGUCCCCCAAUGGCAACUCCACUUGAAAAGGGUCUUUGCCAGAGACCCCAGGGAGCAAUUCUGAUCUAAGGCAGCUUAAGGAUGGCGUCUCUACCAUGCUGGACUUUUGGGGGCCUCUCUACCAUGCUGGAGACAAGGGCCACGCUGAGCUAGGUUCUUCCCCUCUCUCACACACACACAGACACAGUCUCAUGUACCAGCAUUUACUCACCAGCAUGUCUGCCAGAGAGUACACCGUACCUCCUGCUGGCUAAACUGGCCUUGUCUUGCACUUGCCCCCAUCUGGAGAAGUAGCCACUCCUUUCUCCUCCUCCCCCCUCUUUUGAUAAAUUAUCCUUAACUUUAAAAAAUGGGAGUGCAUCAAGGGCAGCGCUAACUUUCGGAGAAAUGCCACACUCCAAAAGUUGCAGGCCGGCACUAUAAAGCCUUUAGGAUUGCAGUCCACGCCAGUGUCGACCACACAAGGGGAGGCCACAUCUCGCCCAAGUCUCGGUGUUGACUCUGCUAGGCAGGCUUCUGUUGGAUGGCUUUUUGGCCCAAGGCUGUCGGUAUGAAUAUCAACAUGGAAGCGAAGACUGGGAGGCUGGGAGGUGGCAAAGAUUCACCACUUUUCAGUGUUAGGUGCGAAGCUCCUUCGUCACCAUUCUCCCACUUGGAACGGAGCGUUCUGCAGCCUCAGAUGAUCAACACAGCCAACAUCAGUGGGAUUUAUGGGGAUGGGCCGUAGCUCAGUGGUAGAGCACCUGGUUUGCAUGCAAGAGGUCCCAGGUUCAGUCCCUGGCAACUCCAGUAAAAGCAGGCUCAGGUGAUGGGGGAGCACCAUUUGUUCUUAGCUGUCUUCAGAGGAAGCCAGUCCGCCAUUCUUGCCAAAGGUUAAGGGUGCAGGAGCAGAUGUGUAGACUCCCAGAGGAUCCCAAGCGUAGGCAGAGUCUGGUGUAAUGUAGAAUUUCGAUGAAUCCCAGCACUGCUAAUGCCCCAGCCUUCUCUCCUGUGGCCAAAUGGGGAGAUCAAGGCAAUCCCUGUGUCGUUGAUGAUGCCAAGAAAAAACCAGCCCUCUCUACAGAUGUGCCACAGUCCGGCUUCCAGUUCCCUGCAUCCUGCCAAAUCCAUCCUUAAUGAGGUGGGGGGCAGGGAACAUUUGAAAUGGGGCGCGUUCCCCAACACACACACACACACACACAGAGAGAUUUCCUGUCUAGUUUAGCUUUUGGAAGGUUUGACAGGGCUGCAUUCUGAGAAUUCUUGGUGUCGACGCUAUUGCUGCUACUAACAACCAAGCAACAGGAGGAAGAGGAGGAAGGAGAAGAGGAGGAGGAGGAGGAGGAGGCGGGGUUAAACACCGGCUGCCCGGAAGCAUGAAGAUCAAUAACUGUUAUCUCUUUUCCUCCACAGUCUGCGUUAGGAAUAAAAACAGUCAAACCCCCCAAA